AUGUCUGGCACCGAGAAUCAACAGCCCAGCCUCGUAGGAGGACAUGCUGAGUACGUCAAGGGCGCCGCGGAGGCCGCCAUCGGCAACGUCACAGGCUCCCAGGCGUGGAAGGCAUCGGGGGAGCAGGCCAAGGCGCACGGCGUGUCGGACAUGAAGGCCGCGAGCGAGGGCCGGGACGCUAGCAGCCAGGGGUACGGCAAGGCCGAGGAGCUGGCUGGCAAGGCGGUGGGCUGUGAGGGCAUGGUGAAGGAGGGGGAUGCCAGUGCGAAGAAGGAUUAA